AUGAUUCUUGAGUAUGAUUUAUUANAUAAGUCUAUAGGUUUAUGGGAUGUCAAAACUGGAUAAUAAAAAGCCAAAUUACAUGGUCAUAUUUAUAAUAUCUAAUCAGUCUGCUUUUCUCCUGAUGGUAAAUUAUUAGCAUCAGGCAGCCUAGAUGAGACCAUUUUAUGGGAUGUUGAGACAAGAUAAUAAAAAUAUUAAUUGAAAGUUCAUACCAAAUGGGUUUAAUCAGUUUGUUUUUCUCCUGAUGGUAAUUUAUUAGCAUCUUGUAGUGAUGAUAAGGCCAUACUUUUAUUUGAUGUUAAGACAGGAUAAUAAAAAGCAAAGUUAGAUGGUCAUACUUUUUAUGUUCAAACAAUAUACUUCUCUUAUGAUGGCACUUUAUUGGUAUCGGGAGGUGUAGAUCAGAACAUCAGAAUAUGGGAUGUUAAAACAGGUGAAUAAAAAGCCGUAUUGGAAGGUCAUGAUGGUUGUGUUAAUUCAGUAUGCUUCUCUCCUAAUGAUACUAUAUUAGCAUCCGGUAGUGCAGACAAAUCAAUUCUUUUAUGGGAUGUUAAGACAGGAUAAAAAAAAGCAAAGUUAGUUGGCCAUAUUCGUCAGGUAAGAUCAUUAUGCUUCUCUCCUGAUGCUACUAUAUUGGCCUCUGGUAGUUUAGAUCAAGAUAUCAAUAUAUGGGAUGUUAAGAGAUAAGAACUAAGGGCCUCAUUGAAAGGCCAUUAUAAUUGUAUCAAUUCAGUGUGCUUCUCUCCUAAUGGUGCUGUGUUAGCAUCUUGCAGUGAUGAUAUGUCUGUUCGUUUAUGGGAUGUGAAAGAUAUCAUUGAAAUUGAAGAGUCAGAUUAAAAUGGAUAGGAAGUAAAGGUAAAAUUGAAUUUGCUUGAAUUAUAAAAAAAAUUUCGAGGUAAUUCUUUUUUAAUAUUUUAUAGUAAAUAAUGUAACUAUUCUGCGCAUUUCUAAAAUACCAAUAUUUUAGGCUUGGGGUGCUUUAAUUUACAAAGGAGAAUUCUUUAAUUAUUAAGGACUAGAUUUAAGAUCAUAUUUAAAAUUUAAAGGUAGUCUUUUUUUGGAAAAUCAUUUGUAAGAGUUAUAAAAUUGA